GAUGAAGCUGUUACUGUUGUUCGCCCUUGUAGCUUUGGGCUACUCCCAUCACAUCCCCUUCCCCGAAGAGGACGAAGCCCAAUGGGAGCUCUUCAAGAUCGAACAUGAGCGAAUGUACGGAGAUGACAAGGAGGAGUACACUAGAAAGGAAAUCUUCAUGAGCAACCUCAACUUCAUCCGUGAACACAACAAGAAAUACGAAAAAGGAGAAGUUACCUUCACCGUAGGAGUCAACCAGUUCGCUGACAUGACCAAUGAGGAGUUCCGCCAGAGGAUGAAUGGAUUCAGACUGCCCAAGGACUACCAGAGUAGUGGAGCUAAGUUCGAGAUCGACGAGUACCUGGAAACUCCCAAGACUGUUGACUGGAGGAAGAAGGGAGCCGUAACCCCAAUCAAGGACCAAGGACAGUGUGGAUCUUGCUGGGCCUUCAGUGCGACUGGUAGUUUGGAAGGACUCAGCUACCUGAAGACCAAGAAGCUGGUGUCUUUGAGUGAGCAGAACCUGGUUGACUGCAGCAGCAAACAAGGUAACGCAGGAUGUGAAGGAGGUUGGAUGGAUAAUGCGUUCAAGUACGUCAAGGAAAACAAUGGAAUUGAUACCGAGGCCUCCUAUCCCUACGAGAAUGAGGACGACAUAUGCAGAUACAAGGCCAAGAACAAGGGAGCCACUUGCUCUGGCUACGUGGAUGUGACUACAGGAAGUGAGAUUGCUUUGCAGCAGGCCGUGGCCAGGAUUGGACCAGUCUCUGUGGCCAUCGACGCCGCACACAGCUCCUUCCAGCUGUACAAGAGCGGAGUGUACAAGGAGCCUGCCUGCUCCACCACGAACCUGGACCACGGAGUGUUGGCUAUCGGAUACGGCACUGCCAAGAAGGGAGGAGACUACUGGUUGGUGAAGAACUCCUGGGGAACCUCCUGGGGAAUGAAGGGAUACAUCAUGAUGGCCAGGUACCACAACAACAUGUGUGGUAUUGCCUCCAAGGCCAGCUACCCCAUAGUCUAGACCAUAAUCUCCAUAUUAUGGGCAAUGGCCAGCUCAACGUCUUCACUUUGUUAUAGAUUUAAUCUGUUAGUAAAUUGUAUUGCCUGUUAUGCUGAACUGCUGUUACUUUGGUUCGCCAAUAUAGUUAAUAUCUGAUAACUCUAUUAAAAAGACGAAAUAAGAAAUUUGUUGUAAAAAUUGUUAUAGUUUAUUUUAGUGUGAAUCGGAAUGUUUAUCCAUUUUUAACAUAUUAUUAAAUGUUUAUCAUAAGUUUACAAGCUCUCUAAAUAAUUGAGAAAAUAUUUUCAUAACUACCUAUAUUUCAAAGUAAUACGUUAUCUUUUCGAUCGUAAUGUAGGGCGUUAUGAAUAAAAAAAAAAGAAUUAUGUAGUUUGAAGAAGCUCUAAGAAUUACCCUAGAUCUACUCUGUGGUUCUAAUUUAAUGUUACCAACGAAAAUUUGACACUUUCUUGUAAAAAAAUAUCUAUUGGAUCGCCACUAUCGAAACACAUGCAAGUUUAUCGUACUUAGUUUUUUUUUAUUCUCAUAUAACAAUGUGUAUUUUACAUUUAUUUACAAUUUAACCAUAAUUACUAAAUAGUAUGAAUGAAAAAAAUACAUUUGUUAGCAUACAGAGUUAAGAAGAUGCACUUUGAUUCUCUGCCCUAAAAUAGUUUUAUGACUUUUUAACAAUUAAAACUAAGAUCAUCGUUUCAGUCGCAUAGGGAGCCAAAACUUUGUUUGUAGCUGAAUUAAUGGAUGGAUCUUAAAUUUGAACUGAGAUAUGAACAAGUUUGUAGAUUGUUCGCAGGGGAGAUCAUAGAUAUUAAAUCAGGAUCCAAACAAUAGUGAGGU